GGGGCGGCGGGCGGCACCUCUCCUCGGCGGGCGGCACCUCGCCCCCCGCAGCUGCCUCUCGCCCCGUCCCGCUCCAGAGCCUAGCCCGGCAGCAGCAUGGACCUGGAAAAGAAAGUGAAGAAGAUGGGCUUGGGCCAUGAGCAAGGACUUGGUGCCCGCUGCUUAAAGUGCAAGGAUAAAUGUGAAGGAUUUGAGCUUCAUUUCUGGAGAAAAAUAUGCCGCAACUGCAAGUGUGGCCUGGAAGAGCAUGAUAUCCCCACAAGCAACGAGGAAGAUCGGAAAGUGGGGAAACUCUUUGAAGAUACAAAAUACACAACCCUCAUUGCAAAGCUAAAGAAUGAUGGCAUUCCUAUGUAUAAACGCAACGUAAUGAUACUGACUAACCCAGUGCCGGCCAAGAAGAACAUAUCCAUCAAUACUGUCACAUAUGAGUGGGCUCCUCCUGUUCAGAAUCAGACACUUGCUAGACAGUAUAUGCAGAUGCUACCAAAGGAGAAGCAGCCUGUUGCUGGCUCGGAAGGCGCACAGUACAGGAAGAAGCAGUUGGCUAAGCAGCUGCCUGCUCAUGAUCAGGAUCCUUCAAAAUGCCACGAGCUCUCCCCCAGCGAAGUUAAGCAGAUGGAACAAUUUGUCAAGAAGUACAAAAAUGAAGCGCUUGGUGUAGGAGAUGUCAAGUUCCCUGGUGAGCUGGAAACAAGAGCUGCUGACAAGAAUAAUGUGAGCAAUGGUGACAGAGGCACCUCAGCUACUGUAGGAGUGAUGGAGAAAAAGUCCCCAGAUCAGAAGGCAUCUCAGUAUUCAUGCUAUCGCUGCAAGCUGAAUAUGGAAGAAGGUGACCCAGCUGUCUACGCAGAACAUGCUGGAUAUGACAAAUUGUGGCACCCAGCUUGUUUUGUCUGUUGCAUCUGCAGUGAACUUCUAGUAGACAUGAUCUAUUUCUGGAAGAAUGGUAACCUGUACUGUGGUAGACAUUAUUGUGAUAGUGAAAAGCCCCGCUGUGCUGGAUGCGAUGAGCUAAUAUUCAGCAAUGAAUAUACUCAAGCAGAAGGUCAAAACUGGCAUCUGAAACACUUCUGCUGUUUUGACUGUGAUUGCAUUUUGGCUGGGGAAAUAUAUGUCAUGGUGAAUGACAAUCCAGUCUGCAAACCCUGCUAUGUGAAGAACCACGCUGCGAUUUGCCAAGGCUGCCAUAAUGCUAUAGAUCCAGAAGUUCAGCGUGUGGCAUACAACAACUUCAACUGGCAUGCUACACAGGAAUGCUUCUUGUGUUCCUGUUGCAGCAAGUGUCUAAUUGGCCAGAAGUUCAUGCCAGUGGAAGGGAUGGUCUUUUGCUCAGUGGAAUGUAAGAAAAAGAUGAUGUCUUAAGAGAAGAUGUGCACAGAACCAAGCAUUGCUGCGUUCCAAAGGCUCUUGCAUUCCUACUGUAAAAUAUAUCUUACCGGGGCAUUUAAAGUUGUUGAAAGUAUUAAGUAGCAUUUUUCCAAAGAUUUUUUUUUUAUUAUUACUAAAACUUGCUUUGUAAUCUUCAUUUCUUAGCUGUAGUAAUACUAUCUCUUUUCAAAUAUUGUUCCUGCAUCUUACGUCAAAUGACUUUGUAUCCCAGAAAUGUAAGAAAAAAAUGUAUUAUGAAUCAUAUACACUUUAAGGGCGCUCUUCACAAUGAAGGAUCUUUUUUGCUGUAUCUUGUCUAAUGGAAGAAGAAAAUGUGAAAAUGCUCAAUUUUUUUUUAUUAUUAUAAAUGUAACUCUCCCACUUUUGUUUUCACUAAUUUAUCAUUUUUAUGGUUCCCCUGCUUUCAUCAAGCACUUUAUACAACACGAUCAGCUUUACCUCUGCAUACCAUUUUGUUCACUAAACCUCAAGUAUGCAGGGAGAAUCAAGCUCAAAAACAUACAUUGCCUGUUAAUCAUUUGCUUGUUGUUGACAGUUGGGUUCUUGAGGAUAGUGACUACUCUCACAUCUAGUUUGCAAAGUACCUCUGCAAUUGUGGCUCAUUUUUCUCUUUCUAGUCACUGUUCAUGCCUGGAGAAGUUUUCAUUUUAUGAAUGCUGAAGUUACUUUACAGAUUUUUUUAAUAUUUUUUUUUCCUGGGGGUGGAGUGGGGAGGGAGAAAAUGUAAGAGGAGGUCUUGCACAGAUCUAGUGGGUGUCUUGUCCUUUCAGAACUGGCUUCUUUUUUAUCAUGAAUGUUCUUUUCAUAAAUUGUGCCUUCUAUUGGAGGGAUGUGGCACACAAUACCAUAUGCAUUUUCAAGAAUGCAAUUCUGCAGAAGGAUUGUACUUAGGCUUUUGAGUUUUAAGUUUUUAGCCAAAGGACAAAGAAGUCUUUUCCCAAAGAUUUCCAAUAUUUGAGUGGAAAAAAAUCACAGUUGUGUAUUAGAUUUGCUUACUAGAUAAACCAAAUGUGUACUUCUCUUUCUUAAGAAUUACAGAUCUACAAUGACACUUGUUAGCUAUAUUUGUGCUAAACGUAAGCAUCAGAAAAAACUUCUUUACUGUGAGAGUGACAGAGCCCUGGAACAGGCUGCCCAGAGAGUCUGUGGAGUCUCCUUUGCUGGAGACAUUCAACACCCACCUGGACACGUUCCUGUGUGAUGUGCUCUAGGUGACCCUGCUCUGGCAGGCGGGUUGGACUGGAUGAUCUUUCAAGGUCCUUUCCAACCCCUAAGAUUCUGUGAUUCUGUAAACAGUGAAUGAAGAGUCUUUGGCCUAAAAAAGCAACAAAUAAAAUAAUUUUUUAAAAAUC